AUGAUAUUGACUCCGGUACUGGCCUGGCAAGCUAGUAGCUCUGAGCUGGCGGGGCGGUCCACCCUAGGCAUUGAAUGGGAAGGUUGCCGUGAGGGCAAACUGGGUUCCGGCUGGACCCGGAUAUCGGCCCGUUGUCGUACAUGUGCGGCGGCGGGGGCGAAUUGCCAAGAGGGGGUGCCGGGGCACCACCUCGGCGAUGUCACGCGGGGCACGUUACAACGCAGUAGGCGAGGGUAUAGCUUCGCCGAGGCUAGCAACGGAAAGGCCCCAGCCUACCGGCGACGUCCCUGCCUCGCGGUCAUGGGUGAAGGGGGUACGUGUGUUGUCGUCGUCGUCGUAAUCGAGUCGUCGCCUCGUCGUCGUCGUCGUCGUAAUCGAGUCGUCGUCGUCGUCGUAGCAUUCGUCGUCGUAGCAGUCGUCGUCGUCGUAGCAGUCGUCGUCGGCGGCGUAGCAGUCGUCGUCGUCGCAGUCGUCAUCGUCGCAGUAAAAAUCGUCGCCGUCGUAGUAAAAAGUCGUCGCCGUCGUAGAAAAAGUCUCGUCGCCGUCGUAGAAAAAGUCGUCGCCGUAGUAGUAAAAAGGCGUCGUCGUAGUAAAAAGUCGUCGUCGUCGAAGAAAAAAGUCGUCGUCGUCGAAGUAAAAAUCGUCGUCGUAGUAGUAAAAAUCGUCGUCGUAGUAGUAAAAAUCGUCGUCGUCGUAGUAAAAAGUCGUCUCGUCGUCGUCGUAGUAGUAGUAAAAAUCGUCGUCGUCGUCGUCGUAGUAAGUCGUCGUCGUCGUCUCGUCUUUGUCGUCGUCGUCGUAGUAAAAAUCUUCGUCGUCGUCGUAGUAGUAGUAUUAGUAGAAGUAGUCGUCGUAGUCACCGUAGUAGUAGAAGAAGUCGUCGCAGUAGUAGAAGAAGUCGUUGUCGUCGUUGUAGUAGUAGAAGAAGUUGUCGCAGUAGUAGAAGAAGUCGUUGUCGUCGUCGUAGUAGUAGAAGAAGUUGUCGCAGUAGUAGAAGAAGUCGUUGUCGUCGUCGUAGUAGUAGAAGUCGUCGUCGUAGGAGAACAAGUCGUCGUCGGAGAACACGUCGUCGUCGUCGUCGUAGGAGAACAAGUCGUCGUCGUCGUAGGAGAACAAGUCGUCGUCGUCGUCGUAGGAGAACAAGUCGUCGUCGUCGUCGUAGGAGAACAAGUCGUCGUCGUCGUCGUCGUAGGAGAACAAGUCAUCGUCGUCGUCGUGGUCGUAGGAGAAGAAGUCGUGGUCGUAGGAGAAGUCGUCGUCGUAGGAGAAGAAGUCGUCCUAGUAGACGUCGUCGUUGUAAUAGUAGUAGUAGUUGAAGAAGUAGUAGUAGUUGAAGUAGUAGUAGAUGAAGAAGUAGUAGUAGUUGAAGUAGUAGUAGUAGCUGUAGUAGUAGUAGUAGUAGUAGAAGUGGUAGUAGUAGUAGUAGAAGUAGUGGUAGUUGAAGUAAUAGUAGUGGUAGCUGAAGUAAUAGUAGUGGUAGUUGAAGUAAUAGUAGUGGUAGUUGAAGUAAUAGUAGUAGUAGUAGUAGUAGUAGUAGUAGUAGUUGAAGUAAUAGUAGUAGUUGAAGUAGUAAUAGUUGAAGUAGUAGUAGUUGAAGUAGUAGUAGUUGAAGUAGUAGUAGUUGAAAUAGUAGUAAUUGUUGAAGUAGUAGUUGAAGUAGUAGUAGUAGUUGAAGUAGUAGUAGUUGAAGUAGUAGUAGUAGUUGAAGUACUAGUAGUAGUUGAAGUAGUAUUAGUAGUUGAAGUAGUAUUAGUAGUUGAAGUAGUAGUAGUUGAAGUAGUAGUAGUAGUUGAAGUAGUAGUAGUUGAAGUAGUAGUAGUUGAAGUAGUAGUAGUAGAAGUACUAGUAGUAGUUGAAGUACUAGUAGUAGUUGAAGUACUAGUAGUAGUUGAAGUACUAGUAGUAGUUGAAGUACUAGUAGUUGUUGAAGUAGUAUUAGUAGUUGAAGUAGUAGUAGUUGAAGUUGUAGUAGUAGUAGUAGUAGAUGUAGUAGUUGACGUAGUAGAAGUAGUAGUAGUAGUAGUUGAAGUAGUAGUAGUAGUUGAAGUAGUAGUAGUAGUUGAAGUAGUAGUAGUUGAAGUUGUAGUAGUAGUAGAUGUAGUAGUUGAUAGUUGUAGUAUAGUAGUAGUAGUAGUAGUAGUAGUAGAAGUAGUUGAAGUAGUAGAAGUAGUUGAAGUAGUUGAAGUAAUAGUAGUAGUUGAAGUAAUAGUAGUAGUUGAAGUAGUAGUAGUUGAAGUAAUAGUAGUAGUAGUUGAAGUAGUAGUAGUUGAAGUAAUAGUAGUAGUAGUUGAAGUAGUAGUAUUAGUAGUAGUAGUAUUUGAAGUAGUUGUCGUCGCAGUCCUCGUAGUAGUUGUAGUAGUAGAAGAAGUAAAUGGUGGUAGUCGUCUAACUAGAGGUGGUAGUCGUCUAACUAGUGGUGGUAGUCGUCGAACUAGUGGUGGUAUCGUCGAAACUGAUGGUGGAAGUCGUCGAACUAGGUUCGUCGAAACUAAUGGUGGUAGUCGUCGAAACUAUGUUGUAGUCUCGUCGAAAAAAACUAGUGGUGGUAGUCGUCGAACUAGUGGUGGUAGUCUAGUAGUAGUAGUAGUAGUAGUAGUAGUAGUAGUAGUAGUAGUAGUAGUAGUAGUGGCAGAAAGAGUAUCACAGAGUAGUGGCAGUAGUAGAAAAAUAACAGCAAGAGUAGUAGCAGUAGUAGUAAUAGCUGCUGUAGUAGUAGUAGUAGUAGUAGUAGUAGCAGCAGAGUGCGUUGCAGAUUAUGGUUGUGGUGGUGGUGGUAGUAGUAGUAAUAAAGUAGUAGUAGCAGUAGUAGAAGUAGUAGAAGUAGUAGUAGUAGUAGUAGUAGUAGUAGUAGUAGUAGUAGUAGUAGUAGUAGUAGCAGCAGCAGCAGCAAAAGUAAUAAUAGGGUCAGUAAUAGUAGUAGUAGUAGUAGUAGUAGUAGUAGUAAUAGUAGUAGUAGUAGUAGUAGUAGUAGUAGUAGUAGUAGUAGUAGUCGUUGUAGUAGUAGUAAUAGUAAUAGUUGUACUAGUAGUAGUAGUAAUAGUAGUAAUACUAGUAGUAAUAGUAGUAGUAGUAGUAGUAGUAAUAGUAGUAGCAGUAAUAGUAGUAGCCGUAGUAUAA